AAAUCCUUCUCAAAUUUUCCUCUCAUUAUUUCUACAGAAUGAUUCAUUGUGCUUCCUGAAAGUUGCUUUUUCUCCUUAACUCAUAUCCAUAAAUUCUCUUUUGUCUCUCUACCUCUCUUCAUUUUGACCUUGAGUUGAAAGUUUUUGGCCUUCGAGACAAAGUAGUGGGUGGAGGAGGAAAGAGAAGAUUUGGGGAGGAUUAGAGAAGAGAAUACACCAAGGGGAGGUUAACUAAUUAGUGAGAAAGGGAGUGAGGACUUUCAACCAAUUGAGCUAAGCAGAAAAAAUAACUACCAUGUCCACCACUCACAAUCCUCGCGCAUCAUCCCAAGAGAACGAUCUCUUGAAUCGAUCUAUCAAACGGAUCAAAGGCAGCGAUUACCCUCCAAUCUCUGAGGAAUAUCAACUGAUCGAGAAUCCUCCACAGCAGCUAUCAUAUAGAGAUUUGGUGAUUCGUGAUGAACCAAUCGAAAUCUGCUGUGAUACCUCUGUAAAUCUCGACCUCCUGGAGGAGGACUCCGAUUGCGAGGAUGAUGGAACAAUUCUUACAAUCCUGAUUUCUAAAGAGGAAAAGAAAAGGAUUCGUUCCCCAUGGAUUAAUUCUAUAAUCAUAAAGGCCUUUGGAACAAAAUCUGCAGGUUACAACUUUAUCUACCCGAGAAUCAAAGCCCAGUGGAAGCCAAGAGGAAGGAUGGAUUGUAUUGAUCUAGGUGUUGAUUUCUUUCUUAUAAGGUUUCAGGAAAGGGAUGAUUUACUCAAGGUCCUAAAUGGGGGGCCAUGGUUUGUAGGGCCUUAUUACCUCACUAUUCGGCAAUGGGAACCAUCUUUUAAUCCAGAAAAUGCGGCAUUCACCACCACAGCUAUAUGGGCCAGAUUGCCCAGACUCCCAAUUGAAUACUACGAUGUGAAAAUCUUAGAGAGGAUUGGAAGACUUCUGGGGAAGCCUUUGCGCAUAGAUGCCCACACUGCCCAUCAAACCAGAGGGCAAUUUGCUAGGAUCAGUAUACAAGUUGAUUUGGAUGAACCUCUUGUUCCUUUUGUUAGGAUUGGCAAGCAUAUUCAAAAAGUAUUAUAUGAGGGUCCUGUUGCUCUGUGUUUUUCUUGUGGGUGUGUGGGUCACAAGGAAGGAUUUUGUCCUCUAAAGUUGUCUCAAAUUCCUACGAAUAUGGAGGAAGACUCCUUUGCCCCUCCAGAGAUCUUGCAUAGUAAUAUUGAACCAAACUUGGACUCAAAGGAGCAGCAAGGGUUUGGCCCUUGGAUGUUAGUUGAAAGGAAGAAGAAUAGGAGGAAACCCAAUGGAAAAUUCUCUGAUUCAUCCAAUCAACACAGUAAGCCGAGCACCUCCCAUGGAAGGAACUCGAGUAGCCUACUCACUGGGUCAAGGGACGAGUUAAAACAGAAUCAUGGGGAAGCCAAUCUUUCAAAGGACAAUACAAUUAAUGAUCCUACCGUUACUUGUAACGGAUCUUUUGUUACUACUGGACCAGAGGCCCACUUAAAAGAAAACGGGCCUUUUAUUGCUAGUAACCAGGAUAAUGUUGUGGACAAAGAUAAGAUGUCGGUAAGGCCUAAGGGGGUACAUAACAAGAAAGAGAGUUUAGCUCCUGUUUGUCUUGAUCCUUCUUCAAAAGAUGCGAAGAACCUACAAUCUGUGUCAUCCUCCGCCACCGGAAGUUUGGGCAAUGGAUCCAAGAUCCUUCGGGAAACUGUGCAGGGAGUGGGACAUUUUUCUUAUCAACGACGAAAACAACAUUCUGCCAAUGGAGACAGCAUUGUCAAUGUUACUGAUGAAGGAUCCAACCCCCAUAGAGGGUUGGGAUCUAGGUCUGUGCAGAGGUUGAGGUUUGGGGGUUCGGUUUGGAGUGAGGAAGGGCAUAUGCGCAUCUCACAAUCCUCCGUUUAAACACGGUUGCAUUCUUUAACAUUUGGGGGGUUUUUAAUCAACUUAUUCAUUAUGU